UGAGCUGUAGGAAGUUGCUUGACAUCCACCCCUCAAUUGCAGACAGACAUGUGAUGAGGGUGUUUACAUUUUCCAUUUUGACGGGUUUGAAAGAGAAACAUAUCUGGAUAUCAUCUGCAUAACAAUGAUACGAGACACCCUCAAAUUGGCUAAUUAAGCGGCCCAAUGGGAGCAUGUACAGGGCAAAAGAAGGGGGGCUAAAACAGAACCCUAGGGCAGGCCGCAGGAUAGGUGAUGAGAACGGGCCCACCGCCACGGAGAAAAUAGGAAGGUCAGUUGGGAUAUAUUGCUUUAAAAAAAAGAACCUACAUUGUGUUUUCAGGAAUCAUAUUAUGACUGUUUGCUAUCUGUUUUUAUGUACUUAUCUUUUUCAAUAUGUUUUAUAUCUGUGUUUCGGAUGGUGGACGGUUAAUUAUGACCCCAUCCACUAAAUGUCAACUCACUUUCAUUUUGAGCUCUUUAGAAAAACAUUAGUUUCAUGCUCCCAGUUCACUUCUUGCUCACUUGUUGACACAGAGCUCCUUCACAUCGAGCAGACUCCUUCGGUUGAGGUGGUUCCCACAGAGAAACACGAUCUCUAAUCUGCUGCCAACAUUUCCUCUUUCUUUUUCAGAGAGAAUAAUAAACCGUGAGGAUGGCAGUUUUGAGAGGGAGUGCCGCAAUUUCAAAUGAUUCACCUGGAAUAGUGGAGAUUAGCGACACCUUUGACCGGCCUGGCAAAGCCUCUGCUGAAGGUACCUGUGCAGGUACCGACACGUAUGCAGUUGGACUUAAGAAUAAACCUGAUGUGAAAGCGGGUGCCGCAAUUUCUUGUGGUGCAUCUGGAAUAUUGAAGAUGAUCGACACCUUUGACCGGCCUGGCAAAGCUUUUGCUAAAGGUACCUAUGCAGGUACCAACAAGUAUGCAGUUGGACUUGAGGAUGAACAUGGUAAACGUAUCCCCAAGGCCGGAGUUUCCGCAUCUGCAGGAGUGGGUCAUGCACGAGCUGAAUGGAGCAUUUGUGAUGCUGAGGCCAAAGGGCCCAAUGCCAGCGCCGGAGUAGGAGCCUCUGCAGGGACCCUCAGUGCUUCAGCCUUCGCCAGAGCAGAACUGUGCAGUGCUUCAGCCUCUGCUGGUCCUUUGAGAGCUACAGCCGUUGUGAAAGCGGGUGCCGCAAUUUCUUGUGGUGCAUCUGGAUUAGUGGAGAUGAUCGACACCUUUGACCGGCCUGGCAAAGCUUUUGCUAAAGGUACCUAUGCAGGUACCAACAAGUAUGCAGUUGGACUUGAGGAUAAACCUGGUAAACGUAUCCCCAAGGCCGGAGUUUCCGCAUCUGCAGGAGUGGGUCAUGCACGAGGUGAAUGGAGCAUUUUUGAAGCUGAGGCCAAAGGGCCCAAUGCCAGCGCCGGAGUAGGAGCCUCUGCAGGGACUCUCAGUGCUUCAGCCUUCGCCAGAGCAGAAGUGGCCAGUGCUUCAGCCUCUGCUGGUCCUUUGAAAGCUACAGUCGGUCUGUCAGUAGACACCGGUGUCAGUGUUGGUGCUGGCCUAGAGGCAAAGUUGCUGGGCUGUGGCUUCUCUGUUGGCCGUAAAAUGGGCGUUUUUCUGUUCGGCAAUGGGAUUGAAUUCAAUUUAUGAAUGCGUUGACAAGUUUAUGACAAAUGCAUCUCUUUGUGAGUUUGCUCUCUGUUCCAAUUAUUUGACGCAAUUAUAAUUAAGACCGGCUUGUGCAAAUGUAUGACUUCACUGCAGAUUAAGCAUUGUUUAAUAAUAGAUGUGCACUGCUUUAAUAUAACAUAAGCUACAUGUAAUGAAAAAUACUGAUAUAAUAAUGACAUUAGGAACCUUUAUGAAACUACAGUGAAAUAUGAUUGUUCCUUUUCCUUCCAACAACAUCAUGUCACUGCCUUCCAAUCAACUUCAU